AUGGCACCAGCGCGAGUGCUACCUCUUCCCACAGCCAUAGUUGUCCGCGAUGCGCGCUCCGACGCUGUACUCGCGCAGUUCCUUGGCGGCAAGCCGGCCGGCGAGGUAUGCGACGCGUUGGAGCGACUCACGGGGUCGCCGGGCUGUCUCGUGCUCGGGGACAAGGCGUCCCAAGGCGCACCGCUCGUGCUGACUGAAUCGGAUGUGAUACAAUCGGGGACGUACCACUGGCGAGUCGAGACUAAUAUCUCCGUGACCCCCCUCGCUUGCUCUAAUCCGAUGCAUCACCCUCUCCUUCCUCCUUCCCUUCCCACCCUCCCUUCCCCUCCCCACACCCGCACCCCUCUCCGUCCCACCCUCCUUCCCGACUUCCCCCCACCCCUGCCUUCCCCCCUCCCCCGCCUUCCCCCCUCCCCCGCCUUCCCCCCUUCCCGGCUUCCCCCCUCCCCCGCCUUCCCCCCUUCCCGACUUCCCCCCUCCCCCGCCUUCCCUCCUCCCCCGCCUUCCUCCCUUCCCGGCUUUCCCCCUCCCCCGCCUUCCCCCCUUCCCGACUUCCCCCCUCCCCCACCUUCCCCACCCCCGCAUGCGCAGUGGCUGUAA